AUGCCAGGCAGCAUCAACAGUGAUGGAAGUGUCUACAAUGCAUCAGGAGUCCGAGUAGGUCAAAUUAAUAGUGAUGGAACUGUCUACAAUGCAACGUAUACUAAUGUGGGCAACAUUGAAAGGGAUGGCACAGUUAGGAAUUCUAUUGGGAUGAUCGCUGGCAAAGUAGAGGAUGAUGGAACGGUGCGCGAUAGUGGAUUUAUUACAAUUGGAAAAGUUGAUGAUGAUGGUACAGUUUAUGAUAGUAACUUCUUGAGAGUUUGCCAAAUCUACAAUGCUCCAUCACCGUUUUUACCCAAUAAACAAGAUUUUCACAAAGAGAAAUCAGAUUGCGUUUGGAAUUUUAUCGUAAAACGCAUUUCUACUGGGCUUUCUCAAUCAUUUGUCUCAUCGGUGCAAAACAUGAUGUCAACUUAUACACAACCAAAGAAUAUAAAACCAGUGUCCUUAACUGAGUUAUUGGACGAAAAGCAACCCUACGAAGAAAUUGAUCGCCUUCAGGACGAAGACUUAUCCGAGUUAAACGAUGAUGACGCAAUGCGUUCGAGAAUUCAAGGUUCUCUACUCGGUCUUGCUGUUGGUGAUGCACUUGGUGCGGCAGUUGAAUUUCGACCUUACUCGUACAUGAAAAGCAAUCGUGUCACUGACAUGCAAGGUGGUGGGACGUGGGGCUUGGAAGCAGGAAAAUGGACGGAUGACACAUCAAUGGCACUCUGUCUGGCCGCUAGCUUUAUCAUUAAAGGUGGCUUCAAUGCUUACGAUCAAUUAGUACGAUACAAGUGGUGGUAUACAAAAGGUUAUAUGUCAUCAACGGGAAAGUGCUUUGAUAUUGGACAAGCCACGCGUGAUGCAAUAAGGACAUUCGAAAAGCGUCAACGCCAGUGUGCGAAAAAUUCAGGUAUAUCACUCUCCGACGGUUCUAUGGAUCGUCUAAACCAAACACAAUUGUCUGAAAUAAAAUUCGAUGUAAACUGCGGUGAUUCAAAGGCUGCUGGUAACGGACCAUUGAUGCGCUUAGCACCAGUUCCUUUAUUUUACCAUUGUUCGGAAGUUGAUGCUAUUCAAAAGGCAGGUUUUAGUGCAACUCUCACCCAUGGUGAUAAAAGAGCUAGUGAUGCUUGUCGAUUCUAUUCUGCACUCAUUUGGAAGGCUAUUCAUGGUCACUCAAAAGAUGAACUUCUAGAUCCGAGUUCUUAUCAGAAUAAAUUUUCACCACCACUCGAUGCUGAUGUGAUGAGGAUCGUCAAAGGCUCUUAUAAAGAGAAGAAAGGGUAUGAGGAUGGUAUUCGUGGAACAGGUUUCAUUCUGAACUCAUUAGAAGCAGCUUUGUGGGCAUUUUAUAAUGACGGAUGUUCUUUUGAAAAAGGUGCUCUGGCUGCUGUUAAUUUAGGUGAUGAUACUGAUACGACAGCCGCCAUAUAUGGUCAACUUGCCGGAGCGGCGUACGGCAUCGAUAAAAUUCCCGAACGUUGGCGCGAGCAAAUAUUCGAACGCAAAUUUAUUAUCACUUUAGCUAACGGACUGUUUAUCCAUGGAAAAAAACUAUUCAGUUCUCCUAAACGAAAGUCCCAAUUUGACAUACAUUCUGAUAAUGCUGAUCAAACUAAAAGAAGGCCAAAAACGCCCAACGAAUCGGACUGCUGA